UUCUGCGUUCCCCUCACAAAAUGCCUGGUGAAGCCACAGAAACCGUCCCUGCUACAGAGCAGGAGUUGCCACAGCCCCAGGCUGAGACAGGGUCUGGAACAGAAUCUGACAGUGAUGAAUCAGUACCAGAGCUUGAGGAACAGGAUUCCACACAGGCAACCACACAACAGGCCCAGCUGGCAGCAGCUGCUGAAAUCGAUGAAGAACCAGUCGGUAAAGCAAAACAGAGUCGGAGUGAAAAGAAGGCACGGAAGGCUAUGUCCAAACUGGGUCUUCGACAGGUUACAGGGGUUACAAGAGUCACUAUCCGGAAAUCUAAGAAUAUCCUCUUUGUCAUCACAAAACCAGAUGUCUACAAGAGCCCAGCUUCAGAUACCUACAUAGUUUUUGAGGAAGCCAAGAUCGAGGAUUUAUCUCAGCAAGCACAACUAGCAGCUGCUGAGAAAUUCAAAGUUCAAGGUGAAGCUGUCUCAAACAUUCAAGAAAACACACAGACUCCAAUUGUACAAGAGGAGAGUGAAGAAGAAGAGGUUGAUGAAACCGGUGUAGAGGUUAAGGACAUAGAACUGGUCAUGCCACAAGCAAAUGUGUCAAGAGCAAAGGCAGUCUGA